AUGGCUAUUGGUAAUUCAAAAUCAACAAUUGACGAUGGUGCAGAUAAAGCAUAUCUUAGUAUACCAGAUUCAGAGGUCGUAGUACCAAUUGCAAUCGACUCUUUCCUGAGAAAGAAGUUGAAGGAUCAAACAUUAAUAGAUUGCGAAGACUCUGUAAAGGAGUUUGCAAAAUGUACAGAAGAUAAAUUCCUUUCUGUCAUUUGGGAAUGUAAGGAAGCUCAACAAAAGAUGAAAGAUUGUCUACAGGCACACACAACACCAGAGAGAUUAAUGGAAUUAAAGAGAGAAUGGAUCAACCAAAAGAAAAAGAUUUUAUAUGAAAAGAAAAUGAGAGAUGAACAACUUAACAAAUAA